CAAACUCUACGUGCGAAUUGGGUGUUUAUUGUGCUAAGCAGCUAACAGCUAACGGCUAAUGCUAGUAAACAUUCGCUUGAACGUCUGGUUAGCCACCAGCAAUCACAUUGCCGGUAUACAAAGUCGUUUAGAAGCCACUAUUGCAUUUGCAUGUGCACGUUGGAUGGAUGUAUUUGUUCCUUCACUCGAGUAACGUUAGAUAAGAAAAGCUAAGAUAACGUCAGCUAGUGACGUCGGUCGGUUUUGCGUGACUUUAGUUUGUUGUGAUGCGUUCGUGUAAUGUCAGACGCUUUAUAGGGACAUCGAUUUUAAUCUAUUAUAUUACAAGACUGCAUUGUUUUUUUUACGUUGUCUCACUUGUCUAUGUAGUUGAGGUCUUAGUUAAUAAAUGGGGGUGAUGUCCGGGUCCAUUUAGUCGUUUUGCAAGAAAUGCCAAUAAACAACGAACAGAGAGGUGGUCUCCUGCCACGGCGACUGAUGCUUCCUGCUGUCCUCCGCUGCGCUCGGCCCGUCUCUUCCAGCCUCACGUCAAGCCGGCCUCUGGCCCACUUCCCCCCGCCCAUGGAUCCAGACCAGAGUCGGCCCGUCCAGAGGACUAUAACCGCCAAACUGACUGAACAACUCAAGCCGGACCACCUGGAGGUCCACAACGAGAGCCACAUGCACUCCGUGCCCGCCGGCUCUGAAUCGCACUUCUGUGUACUGGUUGUCAGCUCUCGGUUUCAGGGUCUGCCUUUGAUACAGCGCCACCGGUUGGUCAAUGAGGCCUUGAAAGAGGAGCUGAGUAGCUGCGUUCAUGCCCUGGCUAUCCAGGCAAAGACUCCCGAGCAGUGGGGGAGUAACCCCUCGGUGGCACAGAGUCAGCCCUGCAUGGGAGGCUCGAAGGGGGAUCACACGGUGGAGGAGAAACUGAAGGCCGGGAGGGAGUGAAGGGAAGUGAAGACUUUUUGGACUGGACGGUGAAGAAGGCGGACGCUCCAGGAGAGGUGUAACGAUCAAUGUAAUAGCGGGAAGGAUUCUGUUGCAGAUUCAAACGCAUCGUUGUUCUGUCAAAAUAAAACAGGAAUUGUGAACACUGAA